GGAUCGGCGGCACCGGGAGCGGGAGCGGAACAAGAAGGAGCGGGAGCGGGAUGGACACCGGCGGGACAAGGACAGGAAGAGAUCCAGUUUGUCCCCGAGCAGAGGGAAAGACUCCAAGUCCCGGAAGGAGCGGGAUGCGCGGAAGGCGGAGGAGGAAGAGGAAAAUGCCCUGAAGAAGGAGAAGGCCCAGCCCCUGUCCCUGGAGGAGCUGCUGGCCAAGAAGAAGGCAGAAGAGGAGGAAGAAGCCAAGCCCAAGUUCCUGUCCAAGGCGGAGCGGGAGGCCGAGGCCUUGAAGCGGCGGCAGCAGGAGGUCGAGGAGCGGCAGCGGCUGCUGGAAGAGGAGAGGAAGAAGAGGAAGCAGUUCCAGGAGAUGGGGAGGAAGAUGCUGGAAGACCCCCAGGAACGGGAGCGCCGGGAGCGCCGGGAACGGAUGGAGCGGGAGACCAACGGCACCGAGGACGAGGAGGGAAGGCAGAAGAUCCGGGAGGAGAAAGACAAGAGCAAAGAGCUCCACGCCAUCAAGGAGCGUUACCUGGGGGGGGUGAAGAAGCGGCGGCGCACGCGGCACCUGAACGACCGCAAGUUUGUCUUCGAGUGGGACGCGUCCGAGGACACGUCCAUCGACUACAACCCCCUGUACAAGGAAAGGCACCAGGUGCAGCUGCUGGGCCGGGGUUUCAUCGCGGGGAUCGACCUGAAGCAGCAGAAACGGGAACAGUCGCGGUUCUACGGGGACCUGAUGGAGAAGAGGAGGACGCUGGAGGAGAAGGAGCAGCUGUGCCCUACCACCCCUCCCCCCCCUCCCCACCAAAGGAUCGAGGAGUCAGACCAGGGUCCCUACGCCAUCAUCCUGGCCCCCACCCGUGAGCUGGCCCAGCAGAUUGAGGAGGAAACCAUCAAGUUUGGGAAACCUCUGGGCAUCCGCACGGUGGCCGUGAUCGGGGGCAUCUCCCGGGAGGACCAAGGCUUCCGGCUGCGCAUGGGCUGCGAGAUUGUCAUUGCCACGCCGGGGCGGCUCAUCGACGUGCUGGAGAACCGGUACCUGGUGCUGAGUCGCUGCACCUACGUGGUGCUGGACGAGGCCGAUCGCAUGAUCGACAUGGGCUUCGAGCCUGAUGUCCAGAAGAUCCUGGAGCACAUGCCUGUCACCAACCAGAAACCUGACACUGAUGAGGCUGAGGACCCCGAGAAGAUGUUGGCCAACUUUGAGUCGGGGAAGCACAAGUACAGACAG